AUGAAGAUAUCAUUAAAACCAAAUUUGGAGGAUUUCACUCGGAUGGAAAAACCUCAAAGAGUCAGCAUGAAAUACCACACAGAAAGCAAGACCAACAAAAUUUGUACCUGUCUCAGAGAAGCUCUCACUCAAGUCUAUAAGAAGUACAUUUCAUCCAUUCUCACAACCUAUGCAAAUAUUGAACAAACAAUGCUUGAAGAUGCUUUGCAAGUAAUUCGAAGUUUGAAAACUAGUGACAAGCUUAUCAAAAAUUCUGACUCUGAAUUGAGUUAUCUCGUAUUUUUGGUCGAUGUCAAUACCUUGACUGCAGUCACUCCAUCUGUAUUGACAAUCACUCUCGUUCUAUUGCAUCGAGCCAACUAUCGAGUAAGUUCUAUUCAAGAAAAAUCAUUGGUCAUUAAGAAAGAAUUGGACGAGUCAAAGACCAAGGAAACACCUUCAAUGGCUCCUGAGCUUGAUAUAUGUGGCAUGGAUUUGCAUGAUAUGUUUGAUCUUGAUCCAAAACCUGAGUCAACACCACAAGUUACUACGUUCAAAUCACCUGUUUUAGAAUUCCAGAUUUUCAAAUUGGAUCAGUUAAAGAAGCAAAUUUUUAUUAACGCUAAACAAGACUGUGAUACUAAUGAUAAGGAUAUGCAAAAUUCGACAAAGUUUUUAAAAACUAUGAAAGACAUGGAAGAAAAUAAUUCAAAAGUUAUUGCAGAUCAAUUAUUGAAAAUUCAGAAAGAAAAGGAGGAGUUACUUGAGAGAUUUAAAAAACAAGAAGAAGAUAUUGCAAAACAAGAGGAACAGUAUGUAAAACCUUUGACCAAAUUGGUGAAUGAAGUUGCAAAAUUGAUUGAGGUAAAGAAAGAGAAGAUUAGACAAAAAGAGGAAGAGGAGAAAAAUCAAAUAGAAGCAAAUUAUCAGAGUUUAUUUGAUUAA